UCUUGCAAUUGAAAGCAGUGGAAAUUAAUCGAAAGCUUUCUCAGUUCAACAUGAAAUACUGUUCGAGUUUUUCUGUAGUUUUCGUUUUGUGUGUGAUUUUGCCUAGUUUUACAUGGUGAGUUGUAAAAUUCUAUGGAGAGAAGGAUCAGUUUUUAUGUUUUAAAUAUUUGUGUUGCAGUGUGAACUUUAUUUUAGUCGAAAGAUACAAUGAAAUUUUAUACAAUAUUGAUAUUAAAUGGAUGACCAUCGAUUUAUUACAAGAAGUUAUGAGCUCAACGAGUUGUUUCGUGAUGAUCUUGGAUGAAUAUUACCAGCACAUUGUAGGAAGUGGGAUCAACAAAACUAUGGUGUCAAAACCGUAUUUUAAAAUUUUAGUAAACGAAUCUGAAGACUUACUUUCACCAAAUUAUGAAACCGUCAAAGUAAUUCUCCAAGCCAAAAAAAAUAGCUGCAAUUUGUAUCUAAUUUUCUUAGCGAAUGGCGAACAGGUGGCUCGUUUUCUCACUUUUGGCGACAGACAUCGAACCAUGGACUCUCGAGCCAAAUUCGUGUUGAUGAAAGACCGACGAAUGUUUUACCAAAAAUAUAACGUUCUGUGGAAAAGAAUCGUUAACGUGUUGUUCGUCAAACAGUACAGAAAUACUCCACGUUUUGAACUCUCGACUGUACCAUUUCCUCCACCCUUGAAUGGACCCAUAAUACCAUACAAAAUAAGCACAUGGGACAGAGGAUUUCCAAAAAACAAAAUCCUAUUUCAAGAUAAAACAUCCAACUUGAAAGGACAAACUCUAAAAGUGGUGACUUUCGAACAUAUGCCCACUACAGCAUUAAUUACUGCUAGAAAUAGUUCACAACUCGAAGAUCAAGCUCCACAAUACACCGGAUUAGAAAUCGAGGUCUUAAAAACUCUAUCGAGUGCAAUGAAUUUCCAUUACGCGAUUUACGAGCCUCCAAAUGCCGAACAAGAGCAAUGGGGUCGUAAACAAAUUAAUGGAUCUUUUUCUGGAUUAUUGGGCGAAAUGUGCGAAGGAAAUGCUGACAUAGCAUUGGGUAACUUGUACUAUACUCCUUAUCAUUUACAAAUGUUGGAUUUAAGUGUACCUUAUAACACCGAAUGCCUCACUUUUCUCACUCCGGAAUCGUUGACAGAUAAUUCUCGACAAACUUUGACACUUCCUUUUCAGGGUAAUAUGUGGAUAGCUGUUAUAAUAACCCUCUUUUUGGGUGGAUUUGUCUUCAACUUUUUUGCAUUGUAUCAUCGAUACAUCGAAAACAAAGAUUUCAAUUUAAUGGAUUCGGAUAGUGAAAUAUCUGACACCGAAGAGCCAAAUAAACUAAAAAGUUUUCUCAAAAGUAAAUGGAAAUUAUUCCGUUCGAAGUUACGUAAUCAAUGGAGAAAAUUAAACAAGAAAAACGAAUUUUUGAAAAGAAAUAAAGCAGAAUUCGCUCGUAAAAAAUUAAUGAUGAGAUACGAUUGGCAAAGACGACUAACGCGGACCUUUUCCAGCAACGAUGAUGACGUUAUUCAUGUAGGUUUAUACAUUUUUGAACGACUUGAUAAUAGUAUUCUGUACACUUAUGGCAUGUUUAUGAACGUAUCAUUGCCCAAAGUACCUACUGGUUGGACCAUUCGUAUGUUUACUGGAUGGUGGUGGUUGUAUUGCAUAUUAGUUUCAGUAGCCUAUAAAGCUAGUAUGACUGCAAUCUUAGCUAAUCCUGUUCCAAGAGUAACAAUCGAUACUCUGGAACAACUAGCAGAAAGCAAUAUCGGUUGCGGUGGUUGGGGCGAACAAUCCAAAGAAUUUUUUGUCACGUCCUUGGACAUUACCAGUCAGAAAAUAGGUAGAAAGUUUGAAAUCACGUACGAUAUUGAUUCAGCUGUUGAACGAGUUGCCUCUGGAGAAUUCGCUUACUACGAAAAUAUACAUUUCUUGCAUUAUCUAACGGUCAAACAUAAAGAUGAAAAUCUUCUGAAUAGAUUGAACGACACAGAAGAUGAAAAAUCCAUCGAUAAAACCAAAGGGAAAAUUCUACACGUGAUGUUCAACUGCGUAAUAAAUAUGCCGGUAUCUGUAGGUUUACAAAAAAAUUCACCCCUUAAACCUAAAAUUGACAGUUACCUAUCUCGAGUAGUCGAAGCGGGUCUUGUUAUUAAAUGGUUAAACGACGUUAUGUUCAAAAUCAGAGCUACAGAAGCUAAACAAGAUAAACAGGAGAUCAAAGCAUUGAUGAAUUUGAGUAAAUUAUACGGAGCUGUAGUUGUUUUAAUAGCCGGAUAUGCUGUAAGUAUCGUUAUACUGAUUUGGGAAGUUUUCAUGUGGUACUGCGUGGAAAAAAGGAGUCCAGAUUUCGAUAAAUAUAAUUUACGAGAAUACUACGCUAAAAAGAAAUAGCAAAUGUGAAAUUUGUACUAAUUUAUUUACCUAAAUACGUAAUAAAACGAUACAAAACACCAAUAUAAAAAUAAAUAAAAUGGUAACAAGUAUUAAUGAUAUUUAUAACACUCACAAAUGAUGUUUUCAGCGUAUCACAUAUUGUAAUAAUCCUACACAAGGUAACAUGAAUAAUCACGUAUCCAUAUCACACAAAUAAAUCAUAUGGAAGACAUAAAUACAAAUGUCAAGCCCCAUUCGUUACUUUUUUUACAUCAAGAUUCUUAUUCCAGAUGAAUAAAAAAUUGAUUUUUGUCAUUUAAAGUACAUGUCAAA